AGCAGGCCUUGGACUAUAGACGACGCACAUUCCACGCCCUGCCAGAAGCCAGAAGCCACGCAUGUCUCGCCACUGGCUAGCGCUGUCGGCGCGCAGCUCCCUCACCCCGUUCUUGUAUCAAACCCCUACGCUGUCGACGUCGCUUCUGAGCCGUCGAGCGGCUCCGUCGACAUUCCGCUCGUCGUAUUCUACGUCGAAAGCCUCCCCGACCACGAAAAGCGAGGACAAGCCCCGGCAUGGCUCGAAUAUAACAUCUUCUGGGGAACCCGCGCCGGAAACCCCCCUCCCCAAGCCGCGGCGAAGUUACCUGCAACGACGCGCGGUCUCGGCGGCGCCGUCGAAGGUUCCGUCCAAACCGAAGACGCCGAGUAUGACCCGCGGCGAGAAGCAGGUCUUCAGCGACCUGCUGAAGCAGAUUGAAGGGGACAAGGAAAAGGACUCAAAGCCUGAGGAGGGGGGUGAGGAUCACGGGGAGUCUCGAGUCGAAGCAUGGCAGCCGUCUUCUGAAUUGAGCCACAGGGAUCGCAGCGAAAUGGCCCAUAUCUCAUGGAUCUUCGACUCGGUGCUGCAGGACGUUCGGAAGCAGGGUAAGAAGAAACCAAAAGGUUGGGAUGCCGACGCCAAACGGGCAUUCGAUGCGCAGAGCGCCGAAGACGCCGCCAUGGAGAACGAAUUCUACGACAGGGUCUUCAGCAGCGAAGAGAUCUCGCAGAUGCUCGCCAGCGAAAGCCUCCCCAUGGACCAGGCGAUCGCCAUCGUCGUCCGACGCGAGGCCGCAAAGACCGAGGCUGCGCUCGAAGCCAGCGUCGAAAAAGACGACCAAGCCCUGUGGGAAGUCUGCAAGGACCGCAUCUUCUCCAUGCUCCACCAUCUCGAAAACGCCCAGAGCGCCGCCGCCAGCACCACCAGCACCACCACAGCCUCGGACUCGGACUCCACCCCCGACCCCACCGCCGCCCUCGCCGAACUCCUCGACCUGCCCCCCGAAGUCCCCGCCGCAGCGGUGGUGAGCUCGCUGUACCCCAAGAUGCUGCACGCGGCGUUCCGACUCCUCUCCAUCCACUUCCCGCAGUCGGCGCUGAUCAGCCAGUUCCGGGCGACGAUCAAGUCGCAGGGGCGCGCGUUCGCCGUGCUCGGCGCGUCGGCGGACCUGUACUGCGAGAUGAUCCACUUCACGUGGAACGGGUGCCUGGAUCUGCCCGGGGUGAUCAUGAUUCUGCGGGAGAUGGAGGUGACGGGCGUGGAGCCGAACAAGCGGCUGGUCGGACAGCUGCGGUAUAUCGUUCGGCACCGCGCGUACGACCUCAAGCGCCACCAGCAUUGGAAGCGGUCCGACGAGAAGAAGAGGCGCGAGCCGUGGUGGGAUCUCACGCCGAACCGCACCGCCAUCCGAGACUUGAUCGGCGAGGACGGGUGGGUUGCGAAGUUGGAGAAUCGGUUGCGGGAGAAGCUGGCGCGGGAAAAGCAGGCGCGGGAGAAGAGGGAGAGGGAUGAGGAUUGGCAGGGGGAUUCGGAUUAGGGGAGUUUGCUAAGGUGGGUUGUUGGGUUGGACCUGUAAAUAUGGCCUCGCAUGAUGCAUUAUAGAGAUAGAUAUGUAGACGGCAACCAAUGUAAUUAUA